CCCUCUAGCCUCGCCUUUGGCUGUGGCGCUAACGCUAGCUUAGCAUUCAGCUAGGUGUUAGCCUUCAGGUUGCUGUGAUUGAUUGAUACUCUCUAACCAGUUCCUUUUUACCAGGUCUAAAUUUAACAUGCGUGCUCUGCGGAACAUUGUUUUCUUUGCAAACACACAGUUGUAGCCGUCGUGGGCUGUGCGUGCUGAUGAUAUGCAGAAAACAGCGUUUUUCCGUCAACACUUGAAGAUUAGCGUUAGCUGAUGCUACAUUCUUAGCUAGCUGCUGUCGCUGUUUUUUUUUUUCUUUUUGUCUCCUGCUUCAGGAAUGUUCUCCAAAAAGCCUCAUGGCGACGUUAAAAAGUCAACACAAAAAAUACUGGACCCCAAGAAAGACGUAUUAACGAGGCUAAAGCAUCUCAGGAUAGUCAUCGAAAAUGCAGAAUCCUCAGAACUGAAGCAGUUUUUUGAUGCAAACUGCUCCCAUAUCUACUAUGUAUUCUUUGAAAACUUUGUCAGCAUUGAGGUCAGCCUCAAGCAAAAAGGUCACAAGUCUCAGAGGGAGGAGCUGGACUCCAUCCUCUUCAUUUUUGAGAAAAUCCUUCAGCUGCUUCCAGAAAGGAUCCAGAGUCGAUGGCAGUUCCACAGCAUCGGGCUGAUUCUGAAGAAGCUGUUGCACACUGGGAAUUCUCUGAAGAUCCGGCGUGAAGGCAUGCGGCUCUUCCUGCUGUGGAUGCAGGCAUUGCAGAGUAACGUGCAGCACGAGCAGCUCUGCAUGUUCGCCUGUCUGAUUCCUGGUUUUCCAGCUCCACUCCUCCAUGGCACGCCACGGACCCUGGACACGCUGAUCAACCCUCCGCUGAGCCUUACAGACACUCAGGUGACCCCGGAAGAGAUCACCCCGUUUGUUCCUCCACAAUCAGGUGACAAGAACCAGGAAGACCUCACGGCCUAUUUCUUAGAAGCUCUACUGAAAUACAUGGUAAACCAGGCCAAGUCUCUUGAGUGGCGCUGCAAAGAGAACCAUGAACGUGGCUUCAACUUCCUCUUUGCUCACUUCAGGAAGUUUUACCUUCCUCAUAUCUUUCCUAACUUUUCCAUGGAAACCAGCCUCUACAACCCCAUUCUGGAGGUUCCUCCAAUGCGACCAAAACCGUAUUACAGCAUGCUGAAGAGGGAGCAGGACUGUGGUGAAGCACAGUAUUGCACCAAGGAGAGCUUCCUUCAGGCUCGAGUCAUCUUUAUCCGUUGGCUUGUUUCCUUUUGGCUGGAGCCACGACAGAAUGCACCCACACAUAUUCCAGGAACCGAGGGAGAGAACAUCCCUAAAAACAUCCAGCGUGCAGCGGCCGGACUUGCUGCUCGCUCUGCAGGCAGCUCAGAUGACAGCACUGGAGGUGGGAUUCGGUCUGACAACCACACAGAGGUUUGUGGUAGUUCUACGGGACCAGGCGGGUCCAGUGCAGGUUUACCUGGAGGUCCAGGGAAUGUGGGCGAGCCUGAGCAGAGCCAUUCAAACACAUCCACACUGACAGAGAGGGAGCCAAGCUCGUCCUCACUCUGUUCGAUUGACGAGGAGCAGCUGACGGACAUGGAGGUGGUGAGGAGAGUCCUGACCAACGGCAGAGCUAACGUCAACUUCAUCAUUGAGAUCUUCAGACAGGCUUUUCUUCUCCCGAUAUGCGAGUCGGCUGCAAUGCGCAAAGUGGUUCGGGUUUACCAGGAGUGGAUCUCCAUGGAAGACAAACCCGUGUUCAUGAAGGAGCCAGAAGAGGUUCCGGAUCCACACACUCAGCUCGGAGACAAGGACGCCGAGGGCGUGACUAGGGUCAGUGACGAUGAUCUGCUGGAGUAUCGUGUUCAUGCUGGAGUCCAGACCACGCUGCAGGUUUUCAUAACUCACUCCUCCAAUGUUUUCCUCCUGGAACCAGCCAAUGACAUCAGGAUUCUUCUGGAGGAGCACGUCGACAUGUGCAAGCGAGUCCUCAACAUCUACCGAAGCCUCGUCAUGCACGAGACCAUGGACCAGAAAACAUGGGAGCAGAUCUUACUGGUUCUGCUGAGGGUGACUGAAUCUGUAAUGAAGCGACCUCCCUCCAUCAUGCCUCAGGGCAAGAAGAACAGCACAUUGUCAGGGAGACUGGCUGGACCCAUCUUUCAGACGCUGAUUGUAGCCUGGAUUAAGGGGAACCUGAACGUCUACAUCAGCAGAGAGCUGUGGGAUGAUCUCCUAUCCGUGCUCACCUCCCUGACCUGCUGGGAGGAGCUGGUUACAGAGUGGUCGCUAACAAUGGAGACCCUCACCAAGGUGUUGGCCAGGAACCUGUACAGUGUUGAUCUGAAUGAGCUGCCUCUGGACAAACUCAGUGAGCAGAAACAGAAGAAGCACAAAGGAAAAGGUAUUGGUUCUGAGGGUCAGCGGCAGGUUGUGGAUCGGUCCUUCUCUAAAGGGUGGAGCCGAGACCAGCCAGGCCAGGCGGCUGCCAUGAGGCAGCGUAGCGCCACCACAGCCGGGUCACCGGGUAUUGAAAAGGCCCGGAGCAUCGUCCGACAGAAGACUGUGGACCUGGAUGACCCACCAAUCGUACUGAUGUCCCGCCCAUCUCGACUGCGUCACUCCUCUCAGAGUGAUGAGACUCCUCCCACCUCCUCUUCUGAGGUGUUCCAGGGUGGGACUUGUGACCUAGAUGUUCCACCCCCUUUGUCCCUAGCAAGGAGCAGCAGUGCCUCUGACAUCAUGGAGCCUUUCAUCACUGAGCGGGUCAAAGGUGAAGACCCCUGGAGGGAUACCCAUUCAGUCCAAAACCCCCCUCACCACCACUCCACCACUGUUUCCUCACUUGCGGCCGCUAGCGCUCCGCCACUCACCCCCCUCCCCUUCUCUCCCUCCCCCACCCCUCUCACUUUUCCUGGUGGUGCUGCUUCCUCAUCCACAAAGGGACAGGACAAUGGUAGUGUAGAUGAUCCACCAGAACACCAGACUGGCUCUCGGGGCAAAGGGUAUAGUUCCGAUUGGGUAAACAGCUGGGACUCUGCCUUCAGUUUUUCCUCUGAAAAGGACAGUGAGAUCGAGGAGGGUGAGUUGGGGGCGGGGCUAGAAGAUGAUCUGUUUUCAUCUAUUCGGGACUACCUGACUCAAAGAGACAGUGAUAGGAAGGGGAAGGCAGGAGAGAGCGAUGGUGCUGGUCCUUCGUUAGAAAGCCUGAUGGGUGCUGUGCAGACAGGCGUGGCCAGAACACAACUAGACCAUCCUGCACAGGUAGGACAAGUGAGACAGGUGAUGAGAGACAGACAGGUAAGUAAUGCAGUCAGACACAGCAGUGUAGAUUUAGCAGAGGAACAUGAGGGGGAACAGCCCAACAUCUACGAGUGCCUCGAGCUGCAGUGUCGCUGGCCCAUAGCCAACACUAGGAGGAGCUGUAGUUCAGAGAGGCAGAGUGAACAGAAGGAGGAAAGAGAACUAUCAACAGAAAAAUGUGAUGAAUGGAGGGAAAAGGGGGAGGAAUGGAAGGGAGUCACAGCAACAGAUGAAGAAUUCAAGUUGAUCAAAGACUCGUACACACUAGAAGUAAACACAGAACCCAGUCAAGUCCCCCAAAACAUAGAGCCAUUAAAGGCAAAGCUCUCCCGAGGGUGCCCCAAGAGACACCAUUCUGGGGGGGUGCAUGUCAGCUUUCAGCCCUCCACCGAGUCCGUCCAGUUCCACAACCCUCUGGAGAGUAAAGAGGCGCACUGGAAAGCCAGGCUGCGGCGCCUUAGUCACUUCCACACACACAGCCACUCAGCCGGGGACAGGCCUGGAUCUGGGGCGGGGUCGGGAGGGAGGCCGGGAGCAGUGGGUGCAGGUAAGUUUGGUCCCGGUGUCGGGGUCAGUCAUAAGGUAGGAGCACAUGACAAGUCAGGGACAUCUACGUCUGCUGAUAACGUAUCAGGGGGCUUGGCAGGUGGUAGAGGAUUAGAACACAGGCCCAGGGGGGGUACCGAGGACAAGGAGCAGCAAAUCUUCUCCAGUGUUGGAUGCAGUGUUUGUCUGGAGGCUCAUGCAGAGACACAGGCGAGCAGUUCAGGUUCCUGUGGUGUGUCAUCGGGGGUACGUGGCCGUUUGGGACGUUCUGCUUUGAGAUCUAGAGCGUCCCGCUCACGUUCUCAGGAGCCAGGCAGCACUGCCUCUCGGCACCACCAGGUGGCGCUGCUCGGUGGUGUCUACAAGACUGUGGUUCAUGCUCUCUCCUCCAAGCCCCGGCCUCGAGGUCAGGGGUCAUCCCAAGGCUCGUCGCCGCAGCGACAGGGCCGAGCUGCCAUGGGCGACGCCUCACUCAGAGAACUCUACUCCCACGUCCUGGGCUACUUUGGACGAAAGGCGCCCACGCCAGCCACUAAAGAGGAGCUGGUUCCAAAGGCGCGGCCGGCGUCCAGUGACGUCGGCAGCAGCAACCCAAACUUCUCAGACCUCAUGGAUGAGUUCAUUCAGGAAAGACUGCGAGCCCGAGGAACAGAGGGUCGCCGUGGCAGCAGCCCAGGAAGUCUGGAAGUUCCCAGGGACCUACCGGAACUCCUGGAGAGUAGUUCUGGUUCACGACGUUCAGAUGACUUCCGACCUGUCGAUGAUCCCGGUGUUCCUUCUGAGUGGACGUCACCGGCGAGUGCGAGUGGCUCUGACGUGGUCAGCUCAGACAGCCAGUCUGACUCCUUCAAUGCCUUUCAGUACUCCGAUUGCAAGUUUGACAAUUUCACCUUCAGCUCAGAGGCAUCAGAGGCAUGUGGGGGAGGAGCUGGAUCUGCCGGUGCAGAGGCUCGAGUCGGCUCACUGGACCAGGACAGCCUGGGAGGGGGUGUGUCCUACGAGGAGCACGAAGUUGCCAGUUUGACCACGCUCCAUCUCGACUCUGAGAGCAGCAGCCUGAGUCACACUGUCACUGUGACUGGUUCAGAGAGCGCCUCGCCCAUGCAUUCACUUGGGGGCUCCCGCUCACAGACGCCGUCGCCUGCCACGCUGACAGCCGAGCACUCUGACCACAUGCAUUCACACACACACCUGCAGCUGGACCAGAAGCUCCACAACUCUGUGCUGCAGACUCCCGAUGACCUGGAAACCAAUGAGUUUCCCAGCGAGGACUGCAGCGUGAUGGCGGGCGGCUCCUUAACGGGGUGGCAUGCUGAUGUUGCCACGGUCAUGUGGAGGAGGAUGCUGGGUAUCCUGGGAGAUGUUAAUGGGAUUAAAGACCCAGAGAUUCACGCCCAGGUCUUUGACUACCUGUGUGAACUCUGGCAGAACCUGGCUAAGAUCCGAGAUAAUUUGGGCAUCUCUCUGGACAACCAGUCGUCUCCCCCGCCCCCUGUGCUGAUCCCGCCCCUGAGAAUCCUGACGCCGUGGCUGUUCAAGGCCACCAUACUAACCGAACGUUACAAGCAGGGGAAACUUCACGCUUACAAACUGAUCUGCAGAAUCAUGCAGCGACGGCAGGAUGUUUCUCCCAACGCAGACUUUCUUACACAUUUCUACAACAUCAUGCACCAAGGACUGCUGCAUCAGGACCAGGAUAUCGUGAACACAAUCAUCAAGCACUGCAGUCCCCGGUUCUUCAGUGUCGGUCUGCCUGGAGCCACCAUGCUGAUUGUGGACUUCAUCCUCGCAGCUUCCCGUGUGACGGCCUGCUCCUCACUCAACACUCCCAGGGUGGAGGCCCAGAUCCUGCUGGGAUCUCUGGUGUGUUUUCCAAACCUGUAUGGGGAGCUUCCAGCCCUCCAUCCCACCACAGCAGACACAGUCCUCACCAAAUUCACUGACAUCAAGGAGCACAUUAUCAAAAGCAUCCUGACCUCUGCCAAGGAUGAGCCGUCUGCUCCUGCCAGGUGUGUUGCGCUGUGCAGUCUGGGUAUUUGGCUGUGUGAAGAGCUCGCUCAUGGGACAAACCAUCCACAGAUUAAAGACGCUCUUAACGUCCUCUGUGUCACGCUGAAGUACCCCAAUAAGAGUGUGGCACUGGUCGCGUCGGACAUCCUUCACCUCCUGAUCAGUUAUGUGGAUCAUCUGCAGAAGUUCCCUCCUGACCCCAAGAAGAUUGUUGAGAUUCUCAUCGCCACCAUCACGUAUCUACUGCCGUCCACAGAGAUGUCUCCUCAUGAGCCAGAUAAGAGGCUGGUGGUGUCCCUCCUCCUGUGUCUUCUGGACUGGGCCAUGGCUCUACCUCCAAAAACUCUGCUUCAGUCUGUUCACACACAAAGUCCACCAGACAGAGACCAGCCCCCCAAGACCUUGCUCAGCUGCAUCUAUAAGGUGUUGCAUGGCUGUGUCUAUGGAGCCCAGUGUUUCAACAGUCCCAAGUAUUACCCACUGCAGCUGUCCGACCUCUUGAGUCCGGACUAUGAUCCAUUCCUGCCAUUAGAGAGUCUCAGAGAACCAGAGCCACUGCACAGCCCAGACUCUGAGCGCUCCAGCAAACUCCAGCCUGUGACUGAAGUUCGGACCCGGAUUCAAAAAGGUCUGGUUUCAAUCGCGGCCAGAACAGUGAUCACUCACCUGGUCAACCAUCUUGGACAUUACCCCAUGUCUGGAGGACCUGCGACUCUGUCCACUCAGGUGUGUGAGAACCAGGACAACCCCUACUGUGAGAGCACAGACCUGGGACCAGAACUUUUCCAUUCACCAAACCUGCAGUUCCUGGUUCUGAACGGAUCCACUCUGCUCUCAGUGCUGCAGAUCCAGUCUGAGUCUGGUGUACCAGGAGGAGGAAUGACAGCCGGUUUGUCUUCUGCUUCCACCUGUGUUCGUGUCAUCAUCCGAGACGUGGCUGGGAAACACUCGUGGGACUCUGCUGUCCUGUACGGACCCCCACUGAGCUCGCCACGCAGCCCAUCACACAUCCAAUCAGCUCAAUGUGCCAGCCUUCAUUUACGCACCCCACCGGGAGGUCCACCAAAAAAAACAGGAGUGGAGACAGAGGAAAACGGGAUGCAGGAGAAGAACGAGGCAGGAGAGGGAGGGGGGAUGGAGAUUAAAGGCCAAGAGCUGGAGGAGGAAGGGGAGGAGAGGAAAGUGUGUGAGGAGCUAGGAUUGAACAAAGGAGAUGACCUCGAAGAGGAGGAGAGUGUGAAUGCAGAGGGGGGGCAAGAAAUGGAAGAGGAGCCAAUCACGGCUCCGCCAUUGGCUAAACGUGUGUGUCGGGAGGCGCUGCCAGUGUGGGAUUCACUGAAGGACGGUGAUGAUGCGCUGGAUGAAACGUUGCAGUAUCUCGGAUACUCGAGUCCAGAGUGUCUGCAGAGACCUGGCAUACCACUCAACAUCCCAGCCCCACCUCCAUCAUGUGUUUCAGAGAAGCAGGAGAAUGACGUCAUCAAUGCCAUCCUGAAGCAGAGCGCCGCUGAGUGGGAGUUUGUCCUUCACAGAGGUGAGGAGUUGAACAUGAGGGCCAUGCAGCAGUCUGAACCGGAGACUGAGACCUCACAGUCGGCCUUCUACUACUGCAGACUGCUCAUCAACAUACUUGGACUCAACUCCUGGGAGAAAAGGAGUAAUUUCCAUCUGCUGAGGAAGAAUGAGAAGUUACUGAGAGAGCUGAAGAACCUGGACUCCCGACAGUGCCGCGAGACUCACAAGAUUGCCGUGUUUUAUGUGGCUGAAGGACAAGAGGACAAACACUCCAUAUUGACCAAUACGGCAGGAAGCCAGGCCUAUGAAGACUUUGUCUGUGGCCUUGGCUGGGAGGUGGAUCUGACCACUCACUGUGGCUUCAUGGGGGGCCUCCAGAGGAAUCGCAGUACGGGUCAGACCACGCCUUACUACGCUACCUCCACCACCGAGGUCAUCUUCCACGUGUCCACCCGCAUGCCCCAUGACCAAGACGUCAACCUCACCAAGAAGCUCAGACACCUGGGUAACGAUGAGGUCCACAUCAUUUGGUCGGAACAUUACAGAGACUACCGUCGAGGGAUCAUCCCCACAGAGUUUGGUGACGUCCUCAUCAUUAUCUACCCCAUGAAGAACCACAUGUACUCCAUCCAGAUCCUCAAGAAGCCUGAGGUGCCGUUUUUUGGGCCACUGUUUGAUGGUGCCAUCGUGGACAUGAAGGUUUUAUCCACCAUGGUCAGAGCCACGGCCAUCAACGCCAGUCGAGCUCUCAAAUCCCUCAUUCCUCUCUACCAGAGUUUCUACGAAGAACGGGCCCGGUAUUUGGAAACCAUCGUGCAGCAUCACCAGGAGCCAACGACAUUUGAGGAUUAUGCAGCUCGAGUGUAUAGCCCCGCCCCCUGCACACACCUGCUCGCUGACACAGGCUCCUGCCUCGAGAUGCUUCGGGGAGGAAGUCCGGCUCUUGGGGAGGCCGGGAGCGACUCGGCGUCCCCCAUGUCUCCUCGGACUAGCAAGAGCCGCAUGUCCAUGAAGCUGCGUCGUUCCUCUGGAUCAGCCAAUAAGACCUGAGCAUUCCCCAUGACCUGGACCACACGAGACUGUGGCUUUAUAUCACAUCACAGAGCAAAAUCAACCCCC